CUGGACGAAACGGCAACGAUGGGAGAAAGGGACAGCAAGGUCCACCAGGCCCAGGUGGACGGCCGGGAAUGCCUGGAGCAGCUGGACGGGAAGGUUUGAGGGGCAAACCAGGACCAGAAGGACCAGCAGGUAUCCCCGGAGAAACUGGUGAAUCAGGCACACCUGGGACUCCCGGACUCAAAGGCAACCAAGGUCCUCCGGGCAUGCGCGGUCCACGUGGUUUAGUCGGUAAUAUCGGACCUACUGGACGUGACGGAGAGAAGGGAGAUAUUGGAAAUCGCGGUCGACCAGGUGAACCGGGAAAUCCUGGAGCGAAAGGAAUUACGGGUCGUCCAGGAAAUACCGGUGCAAGGGGAGAUCGUGGACGGAAAGGCACCGCAGGAAUUGAUGGUCAACCGGGCAGAGAGGGACGAAGAGGGGAGAGGGUAAGUGUGCAAUAGUAAUUUAAGAGCCUCGAAUUUUUUUCCUACGGGGACUUAAA